CCCGCGCGGUAGGCGAGGCCCCGCCGCAGAGGGAGCAGGAGCUGCCGCCCGUCCCGUCCCGUCCCGUCCCGCCGGAGCGAGGCAGCGCCGCGGUCAUGGAGCUGGCGGACGGCGUGGUGUACCAGGAGGAGCCGGGCGGCCCGGGCCCCGCCAUGAUGUCGGAGCGGGUGUCGGGGCUGGCGGGCUCCAUCUACCGCGAGUUCGAGCGCCUCAUCGGGCGCUACGACGAGGAGGUGGUGGCCGAGCUGAUGCCGCUGGUGGUGGCCGUGCUGGAGAACCUGGACUCGGUGUGCGCGCACAGCCAGGAGACCAGCGUGGAGCUGGAGCUGCUGCGCGACGACAACGAGCAGCUCCUCACGCAGUACGAGCGCGAGAAGGCGCUGCGCAAGCAGGCCGAGGAGAAAUUCAUUGAAUUUGAAGAUUCUCAAGAACAAGAGAAAAAGGACUUGCAGAUCAGAGUGGAAGCGCUGGAGUCACAAACUCGACAGCUGGAACUGAAAGCAAAAAACUAUGCUGAUCAAAUUAGUAGACUUGAGGAGAGGGAGGCGGAACUGAAAAAGGAAUACAAUGCGCUCCAUUCAAGACAUACAGAGAUGAUACACAAUUAUAUGGAACACUUGGAAAGAACCAAACUCCAUCAGCUAACAGGGGGCGAUCAGCUAGAAUCCACCCCACACAGUAGAAUUAGAAAAGAGCGCCCUAUAUCGCUGGGCAUCUUCCCAUUACCUCCGGGAGAAGCACUGCUCACGCCUGAGGCUCAGAGAGAAGCAGGGGAAACACCUGGGUCAGAGCAUUGGAAAUUCCACGAGCUAAGUCAUCUGCGGUCUCACACCAGUCUAAAGGAUGAACUUUCUGAUGUUAGUCAAGGAGGCUCAAAAUCUACUACUCCAGCAUCAACAACAGCUUCAGAUGUGCCUGUGCUACCUGCUGAAACUCCCCUGAAGGAGGAAGCUGAAGGGCUUGCAAAAAGCGCAGAGGUACUGAACAAGACAUUGGAUGUAAGCAAGCACACUGAAGUGCAGGUAGCUCAAGAAACGAGAACAGUGUCUAUUGGUGGUAAUGAAAAUGAAGAAAAAUCUGAAGUUCAGGCAAUCAUUGAGUCCACUCCAGAGUUGGAUAUGGAUAAAGACCUCAGUGGCUAUAAAGGUUCAAGCACUCCCACCAAAGGUAUAGAGAACAAAGCAUUUGAUCGGAAUACAGAAUCGCUCUUUGAAGAGUUGUCUUCUGCUGGCUCUGGCCUAAUUGGAGAUGUGGAUGAAGGUGCAGAUUUACUGGGAAUGGGCCGUGAAGUAGAAAAUCUUAUUCUGGAAAAUACCCAGCUGCUGGAGACCAAAAAUGCGUUGAAUGUGGUAAAAAAUGAUUUGAUAGCAAAAGUGGACGAGCUGACCUGUGAAAAAGAUGUACUACAAGGAGAACUGGAGGCUGUAAAACAAGCCAAACAGAAACUUGAGGAGAAGAACAAGGAGUUAGAAGAAGAGCUUAAAAAAGCACGUGCAGAAGCAGAGGAAGCAAGGCAGAAAGCAAAAGAGGAUGAUGAUAGUGAUGUCCCCACUGCUCAGCGGAAGCGUUUUACUCGUGUUGAAAUGGCUCGCGUUCUGAUGGAAAGAAAUCAGUACAAAGAGAGGCUGAUGGAGCUUCAGGAAGCUGUGCGAUGGACUGAGAUGAUAAGAGCAUCAAGAGAAAAUCCAGCCAUGCAAGAAAAGAAGAGAUCAAGCAUUUGGCAGUUUUUCAGCAGGCUGUUCAGUUCUUCAAGCAAUACAGCAAAGAAACCAGAGCCACCUGUUAAUCUUAAGUAUAAUGCCCCAACCUCACAUGUUACCCCAUCAGUCAAGAAAAGAAGCAGCACCUUAUCUCAGCUACCUAGUGACAAAUCGAAAGCCUUUGACUUCCUCAGUGAAGAGACAGAAGCCAGCUUAGCCUCCCGCAGAGAACAGAAGAGAGAACAGUACCGUCAAGUGAAAGCACACGUUCAGAAGGAAGAUGGCAGAGUGCAAGCGUUUGGCUGGAGUUUGCCUCAGAAGUACAAACAGGUAGCAAAUGGUAGUCAAGGAGAUAACAAGAUGAAGAAUUUGCCUGUGCCUGUUUAUCUGAGACCCUUAGAUGAAAAGGAUACUUCUAUGAAGCUGUGGUGUGCCGUAGGGGUGAACUUAUCAGGAGGGAAGACAAGAGAUGGAGGCUCUGUGGUUGGUGCUAGUGUAUUCUACAAUGAUGUGGCAGGUUUGGAAGCAGAUGGCCACAAGCAGCGAACAGGCUCGCAAAGUAGCUUAGACAGACUAGACCAAGAACUCAAGGACCAACAGAAGGAAUUGAAACAUCAGGAGGAACUGUCGAGUCUAGUCUGGAUCUGUACUAGCACCCAUUCUGCUACAAAAGUUAUCAUUAUUGAUGCUAACCAGCCAGGAAACAUUCUAGAUAGCUUCAUUGUUUGCAAUUCCCAUGUCCUCUGUAUUGCUAGUGUACCAGGGGCUAGGGAAACAGAUUAUCCUGCAGGGGAAGAGGGCUCACAAGAAGCAGAUUCCAGUCAAGUGGACAAGUCCUCUUUGUGUGGGAGUAUGACCAGCAACAGCUCUGCAGAAACAGAUAGUCUGUUAGGUGGAAUCACAGUGGUUGGUUGUACUGCAGAGGGCAUUACUGCACCGCCUCUAGCUCAUGAUGCUAAUGGUGCCUCAUCUGCAACAGAUAAACAGCCAGAAGCUUCAGCUGAAAGCGGUGUGGUGGAUGAAAAUGUCCCAACAGCAGAAGAGGCAACAGAGGCAACGGAAGUCAAUGCCGGGACUGGAGAAGAUGUAGCUGAUGUUUCCCAAACUGGAGUUUACACAGAGCAUGUUUUUACAGAUCCUUUGGGUGUGCAGAAUACAGCAGAGGGUUCUCCAGCAUACCCACCUAGUAGUGAGUCAGACCUGUAUAAAGAUGUAGCAGUGUUGCCAAAUGAACAGGAUUUGGUGAGAGAGGAAGCACAGAAAAUGAGCAGCCUCUUACCCACAAUGUGGCUGGGAGCACAGAAUGGAUGCUUGUAUGUUCAUUCUUCAGUGGCCCAGUGGAGGAAAUGUGUUCAUGCCAUUAAACUUAAAGAUUCUAUUCUCAGUAUUGUACACGUUAAAGGAAUAGUAUUAGUUGCACUAGCUGACGGAACGUUAGCAAUAUUUCACAGAGGAGUUGAUGGUCAGUGGGACUUGACAAAUUAUCACCUCCUAGACUUGGGUCGACCUCAUCACUCUAUCCGAUGCAUGACUGUGGUACACGACAAAGUCUGGUGUGGUUACCGGAACAAAAUUUAUGUUGUUCAACCGAAGGCCAUGAAAAUAGAGAAAUCGUUUGAUGCACAUCCAAGGAAAGAGAGCCAAGUGAGACAGCUGGCAUGGGUGGGUGAUGGGGUAUGGGUAUCAAUUCGCUUGGAUUCCACGCUCCGGCUCUAUCAUGCACACACGUAUCAGCAUCUGCAGGAUGUGGACAUUGAACCCUAUGUAAGCAAAAUGCUAGGUACUGGAAAACUGGGGUUCUCCUUUGUGAGAAUCACAGCUCUUAUGGUGUCUUGUAAUCGUUUAUGGGUGGGGACAGGAAAUGGUGUCAUCAUCUCCAUUCCAUUAACAGAAACUAAUAAAACCACAUCAGGUUCUGGAAACCGUCCUGGGAGUGUGAUACGUGUAUACGGUGAUGAAAACAGUGACAAAGUGACUCCUGGGACAUUCAUACCAUAUUGUUCCAUGGCACAUGCACAGCUUUGCUUCCAUGGGCACCGUGAUGCCGUUAAGUUUUUUGUUGCAGUACCUGGUCAGGUUGCUUGUCCACAGAGUGGUCAAUCUGAACUAUCAGCUGAUAAAACUGGCCAAGAAGCCUUCAGCCAGACCUCCUUGAAAUCUAUGUUGGUGAUAAGUGGAGGAGAGGGAUAUAUCGACUUCAGGAUGGGUGAUGAAGGUGGCGAAUCUGAACUCCUCGGAGAGGCUCUACAACUUGAACCUUCUGUAGCCAAAGCUGAGAGGAGUCACUUGAUAGUGUGGCAAGUCAUGUACGGCAGCGAGUGAGCCCGCUCAGAAGCAGCUGGAGACCGCGAAAAAAUUCUGCAUGUUUUUUUGUUUUAUUUUUGUGGAACCUGUUUCACGCCACGAUGUUGGAGCAUUUCUUUUGCUGUUUAACUUUAUAUCGCAAUUCUGUCAGACCUUAACUAUACAGGAAUUAGCUUGUGCUGUUUUACUGCACCAGUGUUCCCUAGGUCAGUAUAAUGAAGUCCAAGAACGUUUCCGUUCCCAGAACGUGUGCAUCAUAGGAGGCAAUCCAGACGCAGUUCACUGGAUCACAACCAUCUAAUCGGCUCACUUUCUUGAUAGUUUCACUUCUGUCCAUUGAGAGAAACUUCAUUACAGCUCAGCUUGAUUUCUGAAACAUUGAGUAAAACAGCAAAGUUAUUCCCUCGGCAUUAUAAAAUUACCCAGCCUAAUGUCAGGUGAAUUGUUGUGAUUCAUCCAGGCAGACAUGCAGUGAGGGCUAAAAUAACUGUACACUUUCACUUUCUUUGUCAAACCCGACUAAUCUCAUUUAUAGUGGUCUACAGUUUUGUUUGCCAUCUUCAUCAAGAUUCCUGGGGAAAGAGGAGAUUGUAAAGAACUGAAUGAUACUGAAAUAAAAAUGUAAGGUUUUGUUUGCUGGAGAAUUCUAACAUUAAAGAGCUGCUGCCUUCAACAGGCUUUUUCCAUUCUCCUACCAUGGAUGCUUGUCACAUCUCAGUGACUCUUUUUUUGGAUUUUUUUUCCAAAGGACAUUCUUAGAUGUUGAGAUUUAUUUUAAAAUUGGAAAUAAGUUGUAAAAUCCGUGAGCAGGAGAUGUGGGUUCUCCCCUUCGUGUCUUGAAUCCAUAUAUAUCCUAAACCCCAGGAGUAAUCUUCUCUGCCUGGUCAGACUCAUGAGGCACUAUGUAGUUGUGGAGGUUACAGACCUCAAUUAGAGCUAGAGAAAUGAUUGACACACGCACAGGGAAAUCUGUUUGGCCCUAGUGAGAUUGAAGAAGAACUUUGGCUCUAUGUAAUUGGGCACAAAAUGUGUAUGUUUUAGUUUUCAUACCCCUAUUUAGGCAGUGAACUACUGCUAGUUAGCGGGAAGACUGCCGCAGCAGAUGAAAUAACACUGUAAGACUGAAUAAAUUGACAAAAGCCGGGAGAGUCUAAAAUCAAGGCUGACACUCUCUCUACUCACUAUAGUGCGAGUGUAAGAUCAUACGUCUUCCUUUUACUUUGAAUCUCCUGCAUUGAUAUCAGAACUUUAUAUUUAUUUCUUUCAGAUGUGUAAUAUUUAUCCAGUUUGUCCCUUAACUUAGUCUCUGGGAAGUACAAGUUUAGGAAGCCUUUUUAAACAAAUAUUUACAUGUACCCCUAAGUGAUUGGGACUGUUCCUGACAGAUUAGUAGAGAAAUGAACAACCUGACAGUGAGAGACUGGAAUAGUUGCAGAGGAGUAAAUAUUAGAAACACUUUUUUUAAAACUGCCUAAACAUUUUUAUGCAAUAGGAGCAGUUCUGGUCUAUCAGGCAAACAUGUGUUUAUAUAUUUUCUUAAUUUUUUUAAAUGAACACAUUUAGCUGAGGUCUAUUGUGUAAAUAUAUAUUUAGGCAGCUUUUUCAAAUGCAUAUCAUAUUUGAUAAGCCAGAAAAACUCCAUUCAGGUCUAUUGGUUAGAUUUAUAUGUAUAAAUACUUUUUAAGCAGCAUAUUUUGUACAUGGCUGUUCCUUGCGUAAAUAUGUAUUUAGGACAUGAACUAUGUAGUAAAAUCCUUAUGAAAAAUGUCUAAUAUCUUGCUAGUAUUUUUCUCUUCAGGAUGCCAAAAGUGGUGAGAGCAUGUUCACAAAUGAAUUUCCCAAUUUUCAUCUUUAAAAAUCACUCUUAAAUUGCUUUGGCUUAAAGCUAAAACCUGGGAACUUUUUAAAAAAGUGAUACAAGUACAUAAAAUCAAGCAUUGUUAUAAAAACUUAUUUUAAAUAUAUAUAGAUUUGUAUGCUGAACUUCAAGCACAUUUUUGAGUUAUAACUCGUGAAAUUGGGUGUCUGAGAAAAACGUUGACUAAACUGUAAUGGUAGUGCAAAAUGCAUCACUGAGUGGUGCAGUUUUAUUACUCCUGCUGUCUUUCCAUUUGAGUUUAACACACUGGCCAUUUGAAAACUGUCUCCAAAGCUUUGCUCACCAGUGGCUUGUCACACUCAUGGUCUCAGAAGAAAAAAAAACCUGCGCAAUUCUGUUCCCUGGAUCUUUAUUCUAGUAUUUGAUUUGUAAUUAUUAGUGAGCUGUUUCUCUAAACUGCUUGACUGCUGUCAAAUAGAGCAGACGUGUCUGGCAAGUGCUUACCUAGUCUUUUGCCAAAUGUAUCUGGUACACUGUGUCAUUCCAGUUGCUUCAACGGACCAGCUCUUGCAGGUGUUUACAGAGACGGAAAUGUUUCUGUCCAGUAGUGGAGGGGUUUUGAAGAAAACACUAGCUAUAAUUCUAGUACCACUGUGGGUAUAGACAAGGGGUUUGUGCACUACCCUGCAUUGAGUCAUUUCAAGUUUUCUCCCCCGUCCUAAAGGGUAGUAGGUGUUGGAGAUGUGUAUUUCUCAUCACAGUGCACUGGGAUUUAUAAACUCCCUGCUCCGGGUCACUUUGAAGGGUGGGUAAAGCACGUCAAAACCAUAUAUCGAGAUGUCAAUAUCCUCCUGAAAACCCAAGUCUCAAGAAUGUGUUUAUGCAUCACGCUCAUGUGGUUUAAGCAUCAUAUAAAUAGGAAUGAAGCUCUUGAUAGUUACAGCUUGUUAAUCGUUUGAAAACAUUUCGAGCACAAAAAAUAUGCAGCACAUUACUUGUCUGGAUAAGUGUGUUUGCAUGGUAAAGGUAAAAUGAAUUAUAUAAGCUGCUGUAUUGUUCAUUUCUUGUCAAGGUCUUCCUGCAUUGGAUCAGAUAGAGCUGGCAGAGUGUAGACACUUUAUCAUAGGCUGCCUUAGUAACGAACACAUGUUAAAUCUGUUUUAUUAUACUAACUGUUCUAAAGAACGUGUGUCUUUUUAAAAUGCUGUGUAACUGAAUAUUUAUUUCCAUGUGAGUAUUAUAAAAGUUACCAAAGGAUUAAACCUGACUUAGCACUCUUGUAAGUGACCCUGUCGAGGUGGGGGUCUUACAAAGACCCUCUUCUGUAAAAUGAGACACAGUCAACUAAAUACAGCUCUUGGUGAAGUUAAAUGGGUUUUUCUAACAGGGUUAUGCCAUAUUGUAACAACCUAUGUUGCACCUCAAAGCAUUUUUUUCUAUACACUAAACGUCGCUCCUUCCCUCUAACAAAAUUAAGUUUCCUUUAUUUUGUUGCACAUUUCUCAACCUUUUAAAUCUAUUUUAAACAUUUUAUGGUCUGUAAUUUUUUGGAAGUUUUUUUUGUCUGUUAGACACUUUACGCUGAAUUUUACUCGCCUCUGUAACCCGAGAUGGAUACUACAGCGUUAAACUUGCUGUCUGUUAAAACUUGAGGCUUCUUUUCUGUGAGCAGGAAGCUCAUAUAGCAGUGUAGUUAUUUCAGUAUUUAUUUCUAUUAUUGAAUCCUUGGGGUUCAGAAUGUAACUUUGUACAUGAAAUAUAUAUAAAUAUGUAUAUGAAACAUG